AUGAGCUUUACUACUUCCUUCGCGCGACAAAAUAUACCCCAACUUAAAAAAUACAUAAACGUAUCCAAUAGAAGAUAUUCAUCUUCUUCGUCAAGCCUUCUACUUACCACCUCGCGUCCUGCGUAUUCCGGAUCCACCAACUCGUUUAUCCGAAAAUCAUCUUCAUCUUCACCUUUUACCAAUCAUGGUUCAUUAAUCUCAAGAUCAACCACCUUUUCUUCAUUACCUUUUUUCUCACACAUCAUUCGCCAGUCGUUUCACAAUAAACUUUCAAAACAUCGAUCGAUAAUACGAACAUUCAAACCUAAUUCCAAGCCCCGAAAAUUUCUGGAAACAUCUUCUAACCUGGAACCGAUUGCAAGCGCUCAUUUAUUAAAUUUUUUGGAACGACCAUUUACCUCACAGAAUCCUUUCUUGCUUACCCACGGCGCUUCCGGCAUAGCAAAGCACACCGAUCAACUAGUUUCCACCCCGAAUAACGGAAAAUAUUUCAGUGUCGGUUGCGGGGAGGACGCUUUCUUUCGAAGGCACGAUGCUUUAGGAGUUGCAGAUGGAGUUGGCGGAUGGCGUAAUGUCACCCCAUCACGGAAUGCAGUUCCCGAUUCAGCUUUGUACUCUAGAAAAUUAAUGCACUAUGCAUAUGCAGAACUCGAGAAGUAUGAUAAUAAUCGUGACGAAGAAAGGUUAUAUCAUUAUAACGAGGUCUAUCCGCAAGAUAUCCUACAAACAAGUUACGAGCAGUGUAUACGAGAUUGUGCGAUGGAGGGUAUCAUCGGUUCUUCAACUGCGCUGAUAGCAAUUUUGAGAGAAGAUGAACUUCGAAUUGCAAAUCUCG